AUGGCUCCCGCUGCAACAGAAACACCCGACAUGUCCAUCAACCCGAGCGACGAUGUGCGCGUACUUGGCUACGACCCGCUGAUCCCACCCCAACUUCUCGCGUCCGAGAUCCCCAUCCCCGCACAUGCCGAAAAGACCGUCAUUCAAGGUCGCAAGGAAGCCGCCAGCAUCAUUACCCAGAAAGAUGACCGCCUCCUCGUCAUGGUCGGGCCCUGCUCACUCCACGACCCGGAGCUGGCACUCGAGUACUGCCAGCGCCUCAAGGCCCUCGCCGACAAGCUUCAAGACAACCUCUGCAUCAUCAUGCGCGCCUACCUCGAGAAACCACGCACAACCGUCGGCUGGAAGGGCCUGAUCAACGACCCAGACAUUGACGAGAGCUACAAAAUCAACAAGGGCCUGAGAGUGUCGCGCAAGUUGUUCGUGGACCUCACAUCCGCGGGCAUGCCCAUUGCCUCCGAGAUGCUCGACACUAUCUCUCCACAGUUCCUCGCCGACCUUAUCUCUCUUGGUGCUAUUGGUGCGCGAACAACCGAGUCACAAUUGCACCGUGAGCUAGCCUCUGGUCUCUCUUUCCCUAUUGGAUUCAAGAACGGCACCGAUGGAGGCUUGACUGUGGCGGUAGAUGCGAUUGGUGCUGCUGCUGCCAAGCACCACUUCAUGGGCGUAACGAAGCAAGGUCUGGCUGCUAUCACCAGGACGGCAGGUAACGAGCACUGCUUUGUCAUUCUCCGUGGUGGAUCCAAGGGUACCAACUACGACAAGGACAGCAUCAAGGCUGCCAGGGAGGCUUUGAAGAAGAAGAACCUGCCCGAGGUCAUGAUGGUCGACUGCUCACACGGCAACUCCAACAAGAACCACCGCAACCAGCCCCUCGUAGCUAAGGACAUUGCCGACCAGAUCCGCAACGGUGAGACCGGCAUUGUUGGUGUCAUGAUCGAAUCCAACAUCAACGAGGGCAACCAGAAGGUCCCACCUGAGGGACCUAGCGGUCUGAAGAAGGGUGUCUCCAUCACAGAUGCUUGCAUCGACUGGGACAGCACCGUCGACACUCUCGAGAACCUUGCAUCUGCCGUCGCCGAGAGGCGGGCAAACCAGAGCAAGUCCAACGGUGCACACUAA